CCAAUCGCUGCGCAGUUCCCCCUCCCUCCCCCGGUGACGCGCAGCACUGCCUUCCCAUUGGCGGGGCGCCGCCUCGCUGCGGGGUGUGUGUGCGCCUCUGCCCGCGCUCGCGGAAGAGCCUGGCCCAGGACAGGGGGGUAUUUCAAACACAGUUGUUAAUGGAAAAGUUCAUGCAUAAGUACAAAAUAAGAGGGGCGAUCUAAUCUUUGAGGAAAUGGCAGGAUUCCUAGACAACUUCCGGUGGCCAGAGUGUGAGUGUAUUGACUGGAGUGAAAGAAGAAAUGCCAUCGCUUCAGUAGUUGCGGGCGUAUUGUUUUUCACAGGCUGGUGGAUAAUGAUAGAUGCUGCGGUAGUUUACCCUAGGCCAGAACAAAUGAACCAUGCAUUCCAUACCUGUGGGGUGUUUUCAACACUAGCUUUUUUCAUGAUAAAUGCUGUAUCAAAUGCACAGGUGAGAGGAGACAGCUACAGUGAUGGAUGUUUAGGAAGAACAGGUGCUCGUGUCUGGCUUUUCAUCGGCUUUAUGUUGAUGUUUGGUUCACUUAUUGCUUCAAUGUGGAUUCUUUUUGGAGCAUAUGUUACACAGAACACUAAUGUUUACCCUGGAUUAGCAGUGUUUUUCCAAAAUGCAUUGAUAUUUUUCAGUACUCUGAUCUAUAAGUUUGGAAGAACGGAAGAGUUAUGGGGAUGAAAGAUCCACGUAUAGCAUCAUCUGUUCUAUAGUUGCUAUGUUGUACUACGUAUGUAGAUACAUUGACAUUUAUUUGUUCUUGUUCUGCUUUCUAAAUUGUAUGAACUGAGGCAAAUUACAGUUUCUGUAAUAAGCUCCCUCUUUUCACAGAACAGAUUUGUGAAUAUGUACAUAUGACUGUAUAUAUCCUAAAAAGGGAAUGUCAGGCUUCCUUUCCGAAAUCUUCAGGCUUAUUUCUUCAAAUACAUGGGUUUCUAUCAACCCCUAAGACUUGAUCUUCCAAACCUUCACAUGGGUCAGAGGCUUCAGUGGAGCCUGGACUGAAGAGGCAGGAUGAAGCCCGUGCCCUGUAUAAGGGGUCACUACUGUAUGCAUAGGUGAGCUGUAGCCAGUUUAGAAAGGGCUGCCUGCGUGACCUGGAGCAGUACUCAGCGCGUGGAUGUGACCCAGCUAAGGCUGUAUUUAUUGACAGUAAAUUCUAUCAUAUGCUGAGGUAAGAGCUGAUUUUAAGAGUUUUUCUAUAACUACUCAGAAAAAUAUAAAGUAGCUAUUUUUUUGUAAAAGGUGAUGAAUUUUUAAACAAGGCCCUUUAUUAAGCAGGUUCUGCAUGGCAAAUCAAGCUGUUCUUGACUUCUGAUUGCUAUAGCACGAAUGACAUUUGGCAGCACCACAAUCCUUAGAAUUCGUUUCAUGCUGUUCAAUGUAAUAGAUACCAAUUAGUACCUGAUGUAUUUACUGAUAUGAGAAUAAAAACCCCAAGCUGAUGCUGGCUGUAGUUAAGGAAUGUAAAGAAUAAAGGUCAGACUAAUGUCUUUAAAAUGUUACUAGCAUAAUUUUCUUCAGGGGAAGCUUUUUGCUGAUAAACAAACAGUUAUCCUGCUACCGAUUACCUUUUCUAUUUAAAAGGCAAUCAUUUCAAGGGGGGAUAUAGUAGAUGUAUUUAUUGCUAACGGUUUUAUCUUGAAAUAAUUGCCAGUUUCAGGACUGUCACUUGCCCCAGAUAAAAUGUAUUUAUCUGCUAAAUUUCAUGGGCGCUUUUUGGGAACACUUCCAUUGUUGAAAUCUUUUUCUUCUAGUUGGAGUAUACAGAAAGGGAGAACAGUGAUGUUUUAUAGCUUUGAACUGGCCUUGUACGCUCAUCUUGCUGUCGGUGACUAUCUUAUGAUGAGUCCUAUGUGGUUUUUAAAGCGUUUGAAUCUCCCUUGUGUCUAAAAGCUUUUAUAACUUUCCAUGUUAUCAAGAUUGCUGACCAAACGGUAUUAAACUGCAGAAUGUGACUUCUGUGCAUGGUUACUGUAUCCUGUUAGUCAUCUAAUUGCUCCCUUGUGGGAAUCUCUCCAGUGGACAGAAUAUGAAGCAAAUACUGCAGCUGAAAUUGUGCUGCUGGCUAGACUAACUUCCUCCUGUUUUUCACCAUCCUGCAGUGAGUUAAGAUCUAUUCACUGCUGUUAAUCAUAGCCUUGUACAUAAAUUGUCUGUUUGGUUGCAAUUUCAGAAAACUGCAAUAAACUUUAUUUUACCUUCUCAGAACAGCGAGCUUCACAAGGUAAUUGUACUUAGUCACCCAAGCAGUAUUGUCCUUUAAGCAGGUCUUACAGCUGCCAAUAAGUAAGGCCAAGGUUCUUGUUUUCAGGUCUGUCAGCUUCUUGCUGAGAGGCUUAGAAAUGUUUGUGUCUUUUUCACUAAGUGAGAAACAAGUGUGGCCUAUAAUCACACACAGUAUCUUGCACCUGGCAUGUGAACAGUGCAAGCUAAGUGUUUGACUCUGCAAGAACCCUUAUGGUGUGCUUUAAUGCAUGUUCCUGGUUAAAAAACAGCUUGAGAGCAGAGCAAGAGCUGCUUUUUGAGGUUACUUGCGUUUCCUACCAGAAGCUUGCUUUCUUGCAAGCAUUUCUUGACCAUCCUUUUUGGUUUUAGACAACUGGAGUGGUCAUGUGCUCUAUACAGCUGCUAAGAGAAGACACCCCUUUGAGGGUUGUCUUUUCUGGUAUCCUAAGCUGAAAACAAGCUUCAUUCAGAAUAUCCCCAAGUCCACUUUAAACCACACAUAGUUCCAGUGCAAGCCAGGGUGGACAGGGCUGGCUCAUUUUAGGGAAUGCCUUGGCCUGCUACAUUUGGCAGAUGCAAGGAUAACCCUUGAGUUACUCCUAAGGAAAGGGGUUUUUAACUUUGGCCCAUUUGUGUAACUAUAAGAAAUAUUUCGUAACAACUCUCUCUAACAGAAGCCUAGUGUAGGGCUUGCUCCACAAGCUGUAUACUGUGUUGCUAAAUAUUCAUAGGAGAUGUUUUAACUGACUUCUUAUCUAUGUCCUUUAUUACGCAUGUAGGUUGUUCCUUGUGUGACCCCGGGGUUCUGGUGUGUUUACAGCACAGUAUAUAAAAAGAACAUGGAUGAACUUAAAAGCAGGUAUUAUGCAGCUUGUGGCUGGCUUGAAAUUCUUACCAGACUUGAAGUAUGACUGAGUCUUCAGAUAACUGUGUUAUCUUGGCACGUUGCCUAAUUGCAAGAGAUCAGAUUAGUUCUACGAGGAAACCACCUCAUCAUACUUUUGGAAAAAAUGUUACUAUUUUUUCACUCUAGUCUUGUAUUUUCCUGGAAGGGGUGGUAUAGCAUUGCCUCCCACAUCUUGCAGCUCUGACAGUGAACCUGGUCACUUACAGACCUAAGGGACUUGAACAAGUCA